UUUAUAAGUUGGUAAAAAUUUGUGCCCAAUCCAAUUUUGUCUUAACAAUUAAAUACCUUCAAAUAAAUCCUAUACUGAAUAAAUAAGUCCCCUUGACUUGACAAAAUAGAACCGACGCCUAAACAGAAAUGUAUUACAGUUGUUCAUUCAAUCCAACAUUAUCGUAAGAAAUGUAUCCCUUCUUGUGGAGAUGAUACUGACACCAGUCAGAUCAGCCUGUUCUAGAUGUUAUUGGUUAACGUUCUGGUCGUUUGUAAUGUAAAUUCAUAUUUCUGUGUACAACACAUUAAGAUGUUGACGGUAAGCUUUGAUACGGGCCAGUGACUAAGAGAUGUUCAGAAUCUCCGCCUCGCACACACGUGACAACAUUUUAAAGUCCGUUAUUAACAUAUUGCAAUCUUUUGAUCAGACACGUGUAUGGCCAAUUAGUUCAUUAUGUAUAUAAAGUAUAGCAUCAAAAAUAUCUAACAUACAUGAAACAGUUUUGAAACAGGACGGCGAUCAAGGAAGUAGACAAAAUGACAUACUUAGACAUCUCUGUUAUGAUUUUUAUUUUAUCAGCUUCUGCAAAUACAGUGACAUCACAGUUCCUAAAUUUACCUAACUCGAUCUCGGUACCAGAGAACACAACAGGAGACACUUACCUGUUUACAAUUAUCAUCGGUGAACGCAACUUCUUCCCUCUCAAUUAUCUUAUACAGUACGAACCAUCCACUGGAAGUGAUAUUUUCCUCAUAACCAACGCCCUCAACGGUUUUGAUGUGACUCUCAGACCAGGCACUAUGUUGGAUUUUGAAACUCUUCCAAACCAGUACCGGAUUGUUGUGAUAGACCUUACUGCAGCAGAAGGUUCUGGGGAAGGUGAGAGACAGCCGCCAAUAGACCCAAAUAACCUAGAUAGUGUUGUACUCGAAAUUAAUAUCACCGAUGUUAACGAACCUCCGAGAUUUGGUGACGCCAAGUAUUAUAGGUACAGCACCAGAAAGUAAGAUCCCUAUGGAUCCGUUUAUACUCCUUCCUUCACCUGCAAUCGAUGAAGAUGUGAACGAUACACUUUCUUACGAAAUCAAUAACAUAUUUCCCUCCGCCGUAGGUAAACUUUUCGAUAUAAAUAGAACAACAGGAAACAUUGUUCUUCUGGAAGAGUAUGACGUGGACAAAAAUGUUAACCCGGAUGUAAUUAUCAUCACCAUAGAGGCAGUCGAUCAGUUGGGCUUGUCAGACACUACAAUGCUUUUUGUUUAUAUACAUGACUUAAAUGACAAUGUUCCAGUAUUCACCGGCAAUGGAAGUUACGUUAUACUUCUUCCUGAUGAUUACACAAAGAUAACUGGAGUUGAUAUUGGGUACGUCCAUGCCGAUGAUGCUGAUGGCUCUGAUACUAUAACAUACAGCAUAGUCCCACCGAAUAUGUAUUUCAGUGUGGACAGUUCAACUGGAUUUAUACAACUCAUAUCGUCACUUCCGCUCGAUACGGAAAAUGCUGGUGUAUUCCAGUUAUCAAUUGUCGCUUCAACGGCCGUGCGUGGGAAUUAUGUCACCGCCACUGUCACAGUAUUUAUCGUACCUUUCUGUACUGCUGAUGCUGAGAUGACCUGCGAUCUCUGUAACGAGUCUUCCUCAAAUACGUCAGUGCCAUCUCAGAGUACGACGACUGUUCCUACAACGGACCCACAAAAUGGUCCAGUUAAUACCUGUCCUGAGACAAUGUGUUCAAAGUGUGGCGCUUACAUCACCAAUACGUGUUCGUCGGGAGCUGUUCCCCCGGCAUCACAGCCCGUCUGCUCAACACAGAGUGACUUGACCUUUGCAAACCUACCAUUUUGCUGGAUUGUACCUUUGACAGUUGCGGUGGGCGUGGCGGCCGUCAUCAUCGGUUUGUCCUUGUAUAAGCGACAACAGAAAAGGAAGACUGCUAACACGAUAAAACCAGAUGUCACGACCGUGGAAUCGAUCAACUAGGCCUGCCGAAGACCACGGUUACAUCGGUAAACCAAACAUUUUACCAUAAAAACAUAGACAUACCGAAGACCUACCUUAAGUAACCUUACAUUGUCACCAUGGAAACGGCAACAUAGGCCUGCCGAAGACCUAACUUGGGUAACCAUACAUUAUCACUAUGAAAUCGACAACAUCAGCUUGCCGAAGACCUACCUUGGGUAACCUUACAUUGUCCCCAUGGAAACGACAAUAUAGGCUACCUUGGGUAACCAUACAUUAUCCCCAUGGAAACGACAACAUAUAGGCUACCUUGGGUAACCAUACAUUAUCACCAUUGAAACGACAAUAUGCUUGCCGAAGACCUACCUUGGGUAACCAUACAUUAUCACCAUACAUACAUUAUAUGAAUGACAUCUUAAAUAUGCAAGUAUUGUCCACUAUUAACUACGAUUUUGAAGCAUUAGCUGUUUCGUGCCUUUUAGGCCCGUCAGCAUUGGUUGCGACAAAAAGUGUUGUAAUCCAGACGGGAUGAUAUUAGGAAAAUUUUGGUUAAUUGAGAACCAUGCAAAAGACAUAAUAUAUCUAGAGUUGGAAUACUUGACUACCUUUUUAUAUCAAAUAAGAUGAAAUUCUGUACUACGAAACCAUCUAAACAACUAAGAAUAUCAUUAUAUUAUGGUGGCUGAUCAGGGCCAUUGUUUUCUUUUACGCUUUUCGGGUCGAAAAAGCGCUGUAUGUUCUACUUUCAUCUACUCGCUAAUUAGAGAUAAAGAAUGUUUUUCUACCAUUUUAUUUUCAUAAAAGUUCAGGUUUUUAACCCGAAAAAGAUAAAAGCAAAGAUGACCCAUAUCGGUCACUAAUAGCAUAUAGACUGUGCAGAAUAUACACAUUACCUCUGUAUUACCUCAUAUUUUUACUGAAAUAUCUUAUUUCAUUUUAUCAUUGCAUGUAUAACACGUCAUAUUUCUGUUUUUUGAUUAUCUUUACCAUGCUAUAUCGUUACUUGUAUAAUACUUAAUACUUUUUUACUGGUGUAUUACGUACUUACGUAUUGUAUUUACAGACAUAUCUAUAUCGCGGUACCGUUAUAUGUGUAGUACGUCAUAUUGUAUUUACAAACAUAUCCAUAUCGCGGUACCGUUAUAUGUGUAAUACGUCAUAUUGUAUUUACAAACAUUUCUAUAUCGCGGUACCGUUAUAUGUGUAGUACGUCAUAUUGUAUUUACAAACAUAUCCAUAUCGCGGUACCGUUAUAUGUGUAAUACGUCAUAUUGUAUUUACAAACAUUUCUAUAUCGCGGUACCGAUAUGUGUGUAAUACGUCAUAUUGUAUUUACAGACAUAUCUAUAUCGCGGUACCGUUAUAUGUGUAAUACAUCGUUGUGUGAUUAUUAACAUAUACAUAUGUAUUUAUAUCACGGUACCGUUAAAGGUCGAACACUGCGACUCUACAUUAUCAAAUUUCACUGAAGAUCUAUUUUUUUUUAAAAAUAUUUAUAUAUAUUACAAACGAAUUUAAGGAAACUUUAAUCAGUACAAACUAAAAUUUAGCUGAAUCAUUUUAGCGCGAACACCUCCAAGAUACGUUUACCUUUAAAAUAUGUGCGGUACAUUUACGAUGAUUGGUUUCAAUGGCUCUUGAAAUGUAUCCGCAUGUUCACAAAACUUGAGCAAAAUUAGACUGAACAUUAUUGUGGGGAGAUAACUCCCAACAUAUUUUCAUUUUUAAGAUCUGGGAUAUUUUAAUACUCUACAAGGUAGGCAACUCUUGUAUCUUUAAACUAUAGUGUCUUUCGUCAUCCUCGAUACUCCAGGGGUUGUCCUGUGCUUAUAGGAUUUGUCAUGACAAACUCGAUGACACACAACUAGCUAAGCUAGUACAUUUCUUUUCAAGUUUGGAAAGGAGCGACAAUCAAAGUCAAAGCCAGUCAUUUCAAUAGUAUGUAGACUUCGAAUUUCGUUCUUUGUACAUCUGAUCCAGAAGAUGUCAGUGUCUAAAGCCUUCGAUUUCGCUAUGACAUAUUCAAGAGGUGCAGAUAGCGAAAAUGAACUUUACAACUGGAGUAUCGAGGCUAUUUCAUAUAAAAAUGUACGUAUAUAUGUUUUAAGUAAAAAACAUUGUUAGAAAUAUUCACGAUGAAUUCGAAGAAUUAUGUCAAUGGGUUGCUCUUUGAACUGUAAUAUAAAUCAAUCUAGAAAGUUAAUCUGAAAAACAAACUUGGUUUGUUUACAUUAGGUGAACAUUGUAAAUAUUUUUGUCAUUUGGUGUGCAGUGAUUCAGACUGUAUAUGUAUAUAUUUAUAUAAAUUAAUUGUAUGUAUUGUAAUAUGAUGACACAUCCUAUAAUGCACCAUACUAUAUAUCUUGUUUACAUAACAAUGGUUGCAUUUUCCUGAACGAUAUUUUAAUUUUCAUUUGUUUUGAUUUCAACAUCUGUGAGGUAGUAAACUAUUUCAUCUUAGGUUGAGCACGAUAUGGUUUUUUCGGUAUGUAGUUAUAGAGGUUACACAACGAGUGGUUGUUGGAUAUGGAAUUUAUUUCACACGAGUAAGUUAUUUUUUAAAAGUUACAAAAGACACGAUCUUUCGCGAGUGUCUUUUGUAUCUUAAAACAAAUAACUUAAGAGUGUGAAAUAAAUUCCAUAUCCAAAACUCACGAGUAGUGUGAUCUGUUUCUACCACAUUAAUAUCUGCUUGAGUCAAAGGGAAGUGUGGCCAAGUCUUAUUUCGCGUAUACAAAGGUGUACCGGUGACGGCCUGGACCCGGAGAUGUAGCGUCAUUCAAUUAUUGAUGACGUCAAUAACAAUUGCAGCUCGGGUCUAAGUUCGAAUUCAUGACCAAUCAGAAGACCUUUAGUGGAAUAUAACAUUUAUCCAACAGUCGGCGCAUCUAUACAAUAGCUUGAGAGUGGAAAAGCACAGCGUAUUUGGUAGAAAUUCAUUUAUUGAAAUUAAUUAAAUUCAUUAAUACAUUCAUAAGAAUUAGCAGUUGUUGGUUUUGUUGUAAACCCUGGCUCAGUAAGGAAAUGAUAUGUUAAAUAUUUAUCAUAAGAUGACUUGUAACAUUGCUUCAUGGGUUUUCACAAGUACAUCAGAUCUGGAAAAGUGGACUACAUAUUGAGAGUGUUGGUGUUUCCUGAUAUGUGCUUCAAUUUUUGGUUUGUUUUUGUUUAACGUCCUAUUAACAGCCAGGGUCAUUUAAGAACGUGCCAGGUUUUGGAGGUGGAGGAAAGCCGGAGUACCCUGAGAAAAACCACCGGCCUACGGUCAGUACCUGGCAACUGUCCCACGUAGGUUUCGAACUCGCAACCAAGAGGUGGAGGGCUAGUGAUAAAGUUUCGGGACACCUUAACCACUCGGCCACCGCGGCCCCUACUUCAAUUAUAUUGCUGUGAUAAAUGUUUGUUUAUAUUGUAUAUAUGUAAAAUAUGUUUUUCUUUUACAUAUUUGUAUACAUACUGAAUUGAUGACUUACAGACAACCUCGAUAUGUAGCAAUGUUUUUGUUAUUUUGUACUUAUUUUUCCGUCCAAAUAUUAAUUAAAGAUACCAGAUUGAA